AUGGCAGUCGGUCUGGAGGAAAUAUUGACUCGUUUCUGGGCCUGUGAGGAGAUCGAUUCUACCUCUACUUAUUCGCCUGAGGAAGCACGCUGCGAGAAGCAGUAUGCUAGAGCUGUACGAAGGGGAACGGAUGGCCGAUACACAGUCUUACUACCAAGGGAUGAAGUCGCACUGGCAAGGAUGGGCAAGCCAAGGGACAUCGCAUUCCGGCGACUAGAAGCUUUGGAACGCAGACUGUCGAAGGAUCCCGAGCUCCGGCAACAGUACAACCAGUUCAUGGCGGGAUACCUGGAGCUAGGCCAUAUGCGAAAGGUAUCUGUGGCACCAGAUGAGGAAGGCACACACUGCUUCUUACCGCAUCAUCCAGUGGUCAAACAAGAAAACACCACAACCAAGGUCAGAGUGGUCUUUGAUGCAUCGUGCAAAACUUCUUCGGGAACAUCUCUAAACGAUGCUCUAUUAGUGGGGGCGGUGAUUCGGGAUGAUCUCCGGUCAAUUAUUCUACGUAGUCGAACCAAGCAGUAUAUGGUGGUAGCAGACGUCGAAAAGAUGUUUCGGCAAAUCCAGAUUGAUGAGAGGGACAUGCCUCUUCAACGAAUUAUGUGGCGUGUCGAUAGGGCCGUGAAGGUCGGUAUCUUCGAAUUAACCACGGUUACCUAUGGAUCCAAGCCCACCCCGUUCCUCGCAACCAGAACUCUGAAGCAAUUGGCUAUGGACGAGCAAGCACAAUAUCCAUUAGCAGCAAGAAGUGCAAUCGAAGACGUCUACAUGGACGAUGUUUUGACCGGUGCUGACGAAGCAGAAGCAGCGUUGGAACUGCGAAUCCAGCUAGACGAGAUGAUGGAUAAAGGCAGAUUCCGUCUGAGAAAGUGA